CUCGGAAAUAGUUGGAAUAGUGGCAUCGUAGAUAAACUCAUAGCUAGAGUGUACAGUGCUUGUAAGUUAGCUGGCUGUUUCUCUAUAUAUAUGUAAAAAAUAACGAUAAUAAUGAGUUUACUUAUUAUUGUCGACUUACUCGAUGUGUGAUAACUGAUAAAUUGAACACGUAAAAAUGUAGCGUUUAAAAGGACUUCACUACGAGCUGUAUCACUGCCAAACAUGACCACGCUGUCAACAGCCUCCGAGUAUCCUGGUGCAGCAUGCAGGUUAUUACCGGGGGAGACGAGUCAGGUUCAGCCCAGAACCCCGCUCCUGCAGAUUCUGCGCGUUGCUGGAGCCCAGGAGGAGGUCUUCACACUGAAAGAGGUGAUGCACUACCUGGGCCAGUACAUCAUGGUGAAGCAGCUGUACGAUAAGCAGCGGCAGCACAUCGUCCACUGCCAGGACGACCCUCUGGGGGAGCUGCUGGAGGUGGAGAGCUUUUCUGUCAAAAACCCCAGCCCUGUCUACGAGAUGCUGAGGAAGAACCUAAUUGUGCUGAAUUGCGCAGACGCUGCAAAGAAUCUUUCUGUCGGCAAGGAUUCUAAUGAGCCCGCGAGCGAAGAUCCCGGUCAGACCUCCAGCGGCCCGUGCAAGCUGGGCCAGGCUCUGAGCGCCGCCGUGGCCAGCGGGUGUGCCGCGCAGACCACCUCGCACCGCCGGCAGAGAGACCCCGAUGACGACUCUUUAGACGGCCUGCCCCGGUCUGCCUGUAAGAGGCCCAAGCUGGAGGUCAAUCUGGACGAGUGGGACCUCUCCGGGCUGCCCUGGUGGUUUCUGGGUAACCUGCGCAGCAACUACGGUCGCCGGAGCAACGGCUCCACGGACAUCCACACCAAUCAACUGUCCCCCGGGCAGGACGAAGACACGGCCAUCGUGUCGGACACCACGGACGACCUGUGGUUCCUCAACGAGGCGGAGAGCGAGCAGGUGAGCGUGGAGAUGAAGGAGGCGGCCCUGGAGCAGGGGAGCGACGGGGAGCUCCCGCAGGAGGAGGAGGACGCCGGCAAGGCCAGCAAGGAGGAGGAGAAGGAGUCUUUUCAGAUGCAGGAGGAGCCGGACGAGGACUCGCAGUGUCUGAGCGACGACACGGACACGGAGAUCUCCACGCAGGACGCGUGGCAGUGUACAGAGUGUCGCAAGUACAACACGCCGGUCCAGCGGUACUGCGUGCGCUGCUGGGCUCUGCGUAAGGACUGGUACAAAGACUGCGCCCGCCUGGCACACUCCAUCUCCGUGCCCGACAUCCCCGCCAGCGCGGGCACCAGCGCCGGUCGCCACGACGACAGCCGGGACGGCGGCGGCGGCGGAGGCGAGGGCGACGGUGAGGUCGGCGAGGGGGGCGGGAUGGACGUGCCGGACUGCCGCAGGACCGUGUCGGACCCGGUCAUCCUGCCCUCGCACGCGUCGUCCCGCGACAGGCCGCCGCCGGCCCCCCCCGGGCACGCCGAGCGGGCCGGCUCGGACGGGGACAGCCAGGACGCGCUGGACAUGGAGACGGCGUGCCGGCCGGAGGCCCUGCUGGAGCCCUGCCGCCUGUGCCGGGUGCGACCGCGCAAUGGGAACAUCAUCCACGGGCGCACCGCCCACCUGCUCACCUGCUUCUCCUGCGCGCGCAAGCUGUACAAGUUCCACGCCCCCUGCCCCGGCUGCGGCCAGAUCAUCCAGAAGGUCAUCAAGACCUUCAUCGCCUGACCCCAACCCCCCCUGCCCACCCCACGCCCCCUGCCCCGCCCCG